AUGUCGGAAUUCUCUCAAACCGCCCUGUUUCCAUCGUUGCCUCGAACUGCAAGAGGAACCGCUGUCGUGCUUGGAAACACACCGGCCGGAGACAAAGUUCUAUAUUGCAACGGAACAUCGGUUUACACUGCUCCAGUAAAUAGCCUAACGAACACCGAGAUUUACACGGAACAUUCGCAUCAAACCACUGUUGCCAAAACCAGUCCAAGCGGUUACUACUGUGCAUCCGGAGACAUUCAUGGAAAUGUCCGUAUCUGGGAUACCACUCAAACCACUCACAUCCUGAAGACUACAAUUCCAGUCUUUUCGGGACCAGUGAAAGACAUCGCUUGGGAUAGUGAAAGCAAGAGAAUUGCUGCUGUUGGAGAAGGAAGAGAACGUUUCGGACAUGUUUUCCUUUUUGAUACAGGAACUUCCAAUGGAAACCUUACUGGACAAGCUCGUACCAUGAACAGUGUGGAUUUCAAACCAUCUCGUCCCUUCCGAAUCAUCUCUGGAUCUGAUGACAACACCGUGGCUAUCUUUGAGGGACCACCAUUCAAAUUCAAGAGUACUUUUGGAGACCACACCAAGUUUGUCCACUCUGUACGCUUCAACCCUGAUGGAUCAUUGUUUGCGUCAACUGGCGGUGAUGGUACCAUCGUGUUGUACAAUGGAGCUGAUGGUGUCAAAGUAGGAGUGUUCGAAGAUGAUUCAUUGAAGGGAGUCGCACAUUCUGGAAGUGUUUAUGGUCUCACUUGGAGCCCGGAUGGGUCGAAAAUCGCCUCUGCGUCUGCUGACAAGACAGUGAAAAUCUGGAAUGUCUCGACGCUGAAGGUUGAGAAGACUAUUGCCAUUGGAACAAGAAUUGAAGAUCAACAACUUGGUAUCAUCUGGACCAAACAAGCACUUGUCUCAAUUUCUGCCAGUGGAUUCAUUAAUUUUGUGAACCCUGAACUUGGAAGUGUUGAUGAGGUUCGAUACGGUCACAACAAAGCGAUCACUGCUCUUACAGCCAGUACUGAUGGUAGUACUCUAUACAGUGCCGAUGCAGAAGGACAUAUCACAUCCUGGGAGACUGCAACCGGAAAAUCGAACAGAAUCUUCCCUGAAGUCCAUGCAACUAUGAUCACUGGACUGAAAUCCACCUCCAACGGAAACUUGUUCACCGUCAGUUGGGACGAUCAUCUCAAAGUUGUUCCGGCUGGCGGAUCUGGAGUUGAUUCAAACAAGGCUGUCAGCAACAAACUCUCUUCCCAGCCACUUGGACUGGCAGUUUCCUCUGAUGGAUCUGUUGCAGUGGCAGCUUGCUAUAAGCAUAUUGCAAUUUACUCUCAAGGAAAGUUGACGGAAGUUCCAAUCAAUUUUAACUCCUCUUGCGUUGCUUUGUCCAAUGACAAACAAUUUGUGGCCGUUGGAGGACAAGAUUCGAAGGUUCAUGUAUAUAAGCUAUCUGGAACUAGCCUCUCUGAAGUUAAAACUAUUGUUCACGCUGCUGAAGUCACCGCUGUCGCUUUCUCGAACAAUGGAGCGUUCCUUGUUGCCACCGACCAGUCUCGCAAAGUCAUUCCAUACACCGUCGCUAACAACUUUGAGGUAACCCACACUCACUCCUGGACUUUCCACACCGCUAAAGUGGCAUGUGUCUCCUGGUCCCCGGAUAACGUUCGCUUGGCUACAGGCUCUCUGGACAACAGUGUUAUUGUUUGGAACAUGAACAAGCCAUCUGAUCAUCCAAUUAUCAUUAAGGGUGCACACGCCAUGUCCUCCGUGAAUUCCGUCCUCUGGUUAAACGAAACUACAGUUGUCUCAGCUGGACAAGAUUCCAAUAUCAAGUUCUGGAAUGUUCCAUUGUAA